GUGGGUUGGGGAGGGAAUGUCGGGGUGAGACUCUGUAUGGUCACACAUUCAAGUGUCUGCAACUGAUGGAUAUGAGCUGUGUGUUUGUAAGUAACGGUCUUUGUAUGCAGGGCGUGUCCACCCUGUUUGCAGGUCUGUGUAGGGUGUGUAUGCUGGUGUCUUUGUGUGUGGGUAUGUGAAUGUGAGUGUGUGAGAGGGGAGGGUGUGUCUGCCUGUGAGGGAGGAAGUGUGGUUGGAGAGAAUUAGUCAUUCUGUAGGAUAUUGCCCAACAUGGCCAGAUGAAUGCUUCAGGCUUUCUUCUCUGUGCUGAGUGGAGGGUUCACUCACUGUAUCCUGCUCCUUUAGAGGUAGGUAGCUCAGGGAGAGGUAGAUGUGUGUUCCUGCCAGCCCUGCCCAGCUAGGGAACAAGGAGAGCCUUGGGCCAUUCAGUGUGGGCUGAGGAAGAUGGGUCUGGAGAGGGGACUGUGCAUGCCCACGAGCACACCUGGCUGGCUGGCAUCAGAGUCCCCUGUUUGAGAUCUGGAAUAGGUAAGCCCUGGAGUUGCCAAUGAACCCUUGCUGUCCUCCAGUCAGGGCCUGGGGAGUGAGAUGGCUUACGCCAUCUUCCCAAACAGCCUUGGGGGUUUGUAUGUAGGUCUCAAGGCAACUGGGGCCUAAAGCUGACAUGAACGUGGAUGUGUAAUGCAUAUAAUCUGCAUUUCUGUGCAUACAGAGCACAAGAGUAGCUGCAUGGGAUUAGUUGCUGCUCAUGCGUCAACCUCACACAUGUAAAUCCUCACUCAUGAAAAUCUGUACCAGGCCAGAGUGCAAGGACAUCUGUUUUCCUGGCCAUGUUCUCUAGUGGCCCAGGGGGGCUGGAACAUUGCCUAGAAAACAGCUCCUCCCCACAUCCUUGCUUACCUAUCUAGAGUCAUCUUGAGCUCUAGAAGGAUUGGCAGGGACCAGGGAAGCACCACCAAAAUCUCCCCCAUGUGGACCCCUUGGACCCCUCCUUGGAGUCCUCUGACUUUGGUCCCUGCCCUGCAGAAAAUGGGUGAGUUGCCCUUAGAUAUCAAUAUCCAGGAACCUCGCUGGGACCAGAGCACUUUCCUGGGCAGAGCCCGGCACUUCUUCACUGUGACUGACCCCCGAAAUCUGCUGUUGUCCGGGACACAGCUAGAAGCUUCCCGGAACAUCGUACAGAACUACAGGGCUGGCGUUGUGACGCCAGGGCUCACCGAGGACCAGCUCUGGAGGGCCAAGUAUGUGUACGACUCUGCCUUCCAUCCGGACACAGGGGAGAAGGUGGUCCUGAUUGGCCGCAUGUCAGCCCAGGUGCCCAUGAACAUGACCAUCACGGGCUGCAUGCUCACCUUCUACAGGAAGACCCCAACCGUGGUGUUCUGGCAGUGGGGGAAUCAGUCCUUCAAUGCCAUCGUUAACUACUCCAACCGCAGCGGCGACGCUCCCAUCACUGGGGGGCAGCUGGGAACGGCUUACGUGAGUGCUACUACCGGGGCUGUGGCCACGGCCCUGGGACUCAAAUCCCUCACUAAGCAUUUGCCCCCGCUGGUUGGCAGACUCGUGCCCUUUGCAGCGGUGGCAGCUGCCAACUGCAUCAACAUCCCCGUGAUGAGGCAGAGAGAGCUGCAGGUGGGCAUCCCAGUGACCGAUGAACAGGGUCAGAGACUUGGCCACUCGGUGGCCGCAGCCAAGCAAGGAAUCUUCCAGGUGGUGACAUCAAGAAUCUGCAUGGCGAUUCCUGCCAUGGCCAUUCCCCCCGUGAUCAUGGACACCCUGGAGAAGAAAAACUUCCUAAAGCGCCGCCCCUGGCUGGGGGCACCCCUGCAGGUGGGACUGGUGGGCUUCUGCCUGGUAUUUGCCACCCCCCUGUGCUGUGCCCUGUUCCCCCAGAGAAGCUCCAUACACGUGAGCAGGCUGGAGCCGGAGCUGAGAGCUCAGAUCCAUGAGCAAAACCCCAGUAUCGAAGCGGUUUACUACAACAAGGGGCUUUGAGGGGGCGUCAGCCCCUGGCCUCCUCUCUCACAUCCUUGGGCUGCUGCCACUUUUCCAUCUGCCUGGUACUGGGCGGGGGCCUGGUGUGGGAGCAGCUCUUGAGACCAGCAAUCUGUUAGGCUGGGAGAGGUGCCCCCGUAGCCUUUUCUCUCCUCUGAUUUCAAAGAGCAGGGUCACAUGAUCCCUUCUGCGCUAGUGUGUCUACAUAUGUACAUAUGUGAUACGUGUGUGUACAGGUUGUCCUGGGAUGUCCUCAUGUCUGGCUUCCCUUCUUGGCCUCCUGUCACCUGCCAGCCGGCCAGGCUACAGGACUUUCUCGCCUAAACAGUUCCACCAGCCAAGUCAUUCCUCAUGGAACCUUGCCCCUUCUGGACACAGGAGGAGACCCAGGAUCUCAGGACAGAGACUGAGGUACACUAGCAGGCUAAACUGGGCUGAAUUCUUCAGAUUUCUGCUUCCUGGCUUCCGAAGCUGACUCAGGAACUGGGCUGGCAGAGGACGACAUGGCAGGAUAAGGGAGGCAGGGGGCUUACCGCAUUCCCCACAUCCUGGAAUGGGUCAUUUCCUCUCCUCUUCUCUGCUAGAACAAAGGAGUGUCAGUGUCCUGUACUGCUCUUGUCAUCUCCCCAUCUCCCCCACACUGUAGCACGGGCAUCUUUAGGCACAAUCCUAGGAGUUCUUGGGCCGCAGGACAUUAUAACCUUAAGUCUAAAGUUACAAUCCCAACCCCCUCCCCUAACCAAAAAGCCACGAAGGCAGAGCAAGCAUUCCUGUUUAAGAGCCCCCACUGCACCCUCUUACGGAGGGACACAGCGUAGGAACGGUGCUUAAACUCCACAGGUGUCUGAGUGGCUGUAACUAGGACACCUCAAGGGCAACUAGGCCCUGAGCGUAUGAUCUCAAGACAGGGGAUUUUGUGUUCCACUGAUCUUGCUGGACGUUCAGCAGGAUCCUGAUCUUAGUUCCUUCUCUUGAGGCUUUUUGGCCCUGCUCCCCCACACCCCCACCUCCAAGAGGAGGAAGGGCCCGGUAGUCAAUGGCUGGUCCAAAGGGGAGGUGGACUUGGGGAUGGAAUAUGUGCUGGUGAAUUCACGGAGUGCAGAGCUGGACCAUGACUCCAACUCCUGUGACCUCUGGCUGAAGUGGGGUGAAGGCCCCAGUGCGAUCCUCUAAGAGCACUUUCUUGCUCCCCCAAACAACCACCACCAGUAAUGAAAGCUGUGGUGCCACUGUUACUCAAUAAACCGAAAACUUCUUGAUCGUCA